UCUCGUGUACGUUCAAGUUUAUUUCCUGCUCCCAACUGUACAUGAACACUCGCUCUGUCUGAUAGAAAUGUGAUAUUUUGCACCAUUAUACUUACAAAUGUGUAAAAUCCUGGUCACUUAAUGUCAUUCACAAUUUGAAGAUGCCUUCUAUGAACCAGCUUGAGUUUGCCGUAUGCGUACAGUUGGUUAUGAUAUGCGUCCAUCUGAACUCGUUACCGGUCAUGUGCCAGGAAAGCUACGGUGGAGUCAGACAACGACGAACUGCGCAAGGGUCAGGAGGUGCUGCAACUUGUGAAUGUAGAACUGAGUCUGCAACACUGACGUGCUCUGAGGAACCAACAGAUUGUGAUGAUGAUGAGGUGUCACACAGAGGUUCCUGCUACAGAUUCAUCCGCGAUGACCGCAUGUCACGUGAUGAUGCCCAUAGGGAUUGCAUUGCGCGUAAUAGCCACCUAGUCUACAUCGAGACAGAGGAGGAACAAACAUUCCUGGCGAAUCACUCAGAAUCGCUCAUCGGAAGUGAUAACAGAAAUAAUGUCAGGAAUCAUUACUGGAUCGGACUGAUUCCAACAAGCAGCAACGUGUGGCUGGAUGGUAACCAGGCAAACAAUGAUAUGUUUGAAAUCUCUCAAGACAGUGCAGCUGGAUGUUUCUCUGUCUAUAAAUCCAGCGGCAAAUUACUUUUACAUGGUGAGAACUGUGAUCAGAAUCACUACUUCAUCUGUGAACGCCCUCGCGAAUGUUCUUUGGGAGUACACGUCAAUCACAACAGUACCUGUUAUUGGAUAAGUGAAUCUUGGUGGUUACAACUCUCGGCCAAAGGAUUUUGCACUAACAACGGUGGUCACCUGCUGUACAUCGAAUCACAAGACGAAUUGCAAUUCAUUAACAGCAAUCUUCCCAUUGUAGACGGUGUAAGAUACUGGAUAGGUCUGACUACUCAGUACGCUUGGAUGGACGGUAGCCGCGCCAUCUAUCAAGGAUUCGCACAGAGCCAGUAUAGCAAUAAUAAGGGAAGCCUUUGCUUCAGGUUACAUCCCGCCGAUGCUUUUUUGUGGUAUGACCGAGUAUGCAGUCAAAACUACGCCUACAUAUGUGAGCGAGAAAUACCCGUCCUUUCUUCUCAGGAAAGACAAAACCCAGGUAUUUCAUGCAGACCACCCGUCGCCGAUCUCGAUCGUCUUCUUGACUCCAUACCUCUGUGCGUCCGUAGUGACAGCCACUACUUCAACAAUUACGUUCUGUGUCAAUGUAAUAACGACGAAACUUGCAUCAGUGGCUGUGGCUGUGCACGUGACAACACUGUAGCCAGAUUUGAGACAAUACGAUGCAACUGUGGCUUCUGUAGUUUCACCUUUGACGAGUCUGGAGAUGACCGUGUAGGUGUAUGGCCAUCCAAUUUUAGCUGUACCUGCUCUGUAAACGGAACUUCAUCCAAUGUGACCGUCGUCAAUGGCGAAUUCGCCUGUGUGCCAGAUGACUCGGAGUCUAUGACAACACUAGGUGACAACAGGAAUGAUCAACACACAACAUCAGUGACGUCCUCAACACCAACAACAGCCGGCCAAGGAUCUACAGAAGAAAGGGCCACAGAGAGACCAGCGACAACUGGCAUAACAGUCGGUCAAAGUUCAACUGAGGACGGAGCCAUAGGGAGACCAGUGACUGCUGACAAGCCAAUGACAACUGUAGUAUCAGGAGGGGGAGGAACAGUGGGAUCAGGAGGGGGAGGAGGCCUAGCCGGCCAGACAGGCGUACCAAUCGGUGUCCCUGUUGGAGUGACCCUGGCCUUACUAUUCCUCUUGGUGGUGCUCGUUGUUGGGUUCAUCUUGUGGAGAAGAAGGGAGAAGAAAAACAAUAAGGGGAUUGACAAGCCACUCACAACAAACACACUCGUGGCUGGCUCAAAUGUCAAUCCAACAUACGGAUUGGAUGAAGACGAUCACGUGACCGAUGACAUCUUGAAACCCGUGGCAGCUGUUCGACCGAGAGUCCCGAAGUCGAAACCGAACAACGUGUAUGCCGACGUGAAGCCAAACGAUCAGUCAACCAGUGCAGCGGGAACCAGCGAAGCAGAGAGUUACGCCACCAUCCAAUCUGCUGGCUACACUCCAUACACACCCGACGGACAGAAGGAUGUCUACACUGCCCUGCAGGGUACCAGGAACAACAACGAAGACAGAAAUGCUCCCAUCCCGUCUAAUGGGUACACAGCGUACAAGCCAAAGCGUGGCAAUGACGUGUACACAGACCUCAAGAAAACUGGGAACAAUGAUGAUGAUGAUGAUCCAGCAGUGUAUACCCCGAUCCCAAACAAUGGUCCCAAACAAGACAAAGAUGACCCUGAGAACGAGUACGUGGAUCCAGAGUACGUGAUGGUAGCACCAUCUGUUCAGCGGAAUGGUGCUGGGGGAGUCAAGGCACCAGUUCCUUUACCCAAGCCCAAGAACCUGACGAAGGACAGUGGGUACGUGUCCGUCGAUGCUCCAAUCGGAGAUUCUGCUUCAAAGGGGCGUGCUGGUUAUGUGGAUGUUGAUGCUCCAUCGGUAGAGUUCUCUGAUGGAAGUAAGCCAUCGGCACGCAGCAAGAAACCUGGUAGUGGGUACGUCAGCGUGGAUAGCCCAUCGGCGACCUUCGCUAGCAACCAAGAUGAUGACCCUGAAAACGCCUACUACUUCAAACUAGAGAAGCCCCCUGCAGAUGAUGAAGAUGACUACAGUCUGGCAAGUGCGCCUAGAGUAAACGACUACGACACCUUCAAUCGAGCUGGAGGUAAACGCUCUAGUGCAAAUUCCCCAACCGAUGACGGCGUCUACAACCUCACAAGUGUUCCAGAAGACAACGAAUAUAACACCUUCCAUCGUCCAGGUAAACGGCGUCCAAGUAAUAAUGCUCCUACUGAUGAUGGCCUCUACAGUCUCACAAGUGUUCCAGAAGGUAACGAAUAUAACACCUUCAAUCGUCCAGGUGUUCGGCGUCCAAGUAAUAAUGCUCCUACUGAUGAUGGCCUCUACAGCCUCACAAACCCGCCAGGCGAUGACGAAUACAGCACCUUUGAUCGGCUUGGUAAUCGAGGCCCAAGUGCGAAUGCCCCUACCGAUGAAGGCGUCUACAGCCUCACAGGCCCGCCAGAAGGCGAUGUGUAUUCCACUGCCAACCGUGUCGGCAAGAAACGAACGCCAGGGGCACCAGCCAUAAAUAACGAGAGUGAGUACUCUACGUUGGACUGAGACUAUAAACCAGGCAUUUCCCAAUGGCGUAACUAGGGUCAAACGUGGGAUCACCUGGGGUGCACAAUUUUUCAAGGGGCCACUGAAGCAAUUGUUGUAGUCCAGUCCAGCACAAGUCUCUCCCAAGUCCAGUCACAACUCCAGUCACAAAUCUUUUCAUGCAUCCAGUCAGAAGUAUAACGGGAUGAACAAUGACAAAGAAAUGAUGUUGUAACAGAAUAGCUAGUAACUUGACUUGAGACUGAAGGACUUGCGAUAGACUCGACUAUACAACUCUGGAAGACAAAUGAUACAUAUUUUUGUUCAGUUCCUGAUUUUAA